AUGAACGAGGCGGACCGAUACAGUCUGGAGGCUCUGAGGAACAUCCACAGAGAGAUGGAUGACGACCAGGAUGGAGGGAUAGAGGUGGAGGAGAGCGUGGAGGUACGUACUGGGGUUUUUGGGGGCCCCUUUGGGGCCCCCCCCAAAGGAGAACGCCUACCUGCCCAAUGAAGUGCCAACUGGGAACAUUUGGUGGAGUAAAUCUUCUGGGGCUGUUUUUCAAAUGUUCCUACCCCCGCCAGUGGGGAAACUUUUUCCAAACAGACUUUACCUUCUGGUUUAAUUUUGGUAAAACGGGGGGAAGGCCCCUUCUUUUAGCUAAAAUGCUUGACAAAAAACCAUACAAAGGUUUUUGGUCUUUAAGAACCUUUUUCCCUGCCGGGUUGAUAAAUUUUAUUUUGGGAAGCCCCAACCCAGGCCUUUUUUUCACCCAAAGGGACGCCCUUAACCCAAAACUGCGUUUUUAAACUAAAAAUUUAAAAUGGAUUUGGGAUAGGAAAAUCCAAACCAAAAUGAGAUUUUAUGAAUGCAGAAGGGCCCAACUUUUUAUGAGGUUUAUUGACCCUUUUCUCAAAAUGGGGAAAGGUUUUUGGGUUUUUUUCCUUUCCCUUUGAAAAAAAAAACACCUACAAGGGGGGAUGCUUUAAAAAAAAAACCUUUCCAGAGAAAGAUUGGAAAUUUUGGGACCCAAUAAUUUUUUAAUUAGAAGACAAAAAUAUAACCCCUGCUUUUUUUUUUAAAAAAGGAAUUAUGGUUUAAAUUCCCGACCGUGGGAGGGGUCCCUAAAAUUUUAAGUUUUGCCCUUUUGGGGGUUUUGGUUUGGGGUUUCCCUUCCCUUUUGGCGGGGAAGGGGCGCCGGGUUGUCCGGGGCCGGUUUGGUUGGGGUUUUUUUUUUUUGUCUUUUAGUUCCUGGGGGUUUUUGGGGAAACCCAACCGGGGGGGCGGGGGCCUGGGGGGGGGCGUUGGGGUCGGGUCGCUGGUUUUUUGGGGGUGUCUGUUUUUUUUUUCCCUUUUUUUUUUUUUAACCCAAGGGGCUCCUGGGUGGGGUUGGAAAAAAGCUUUUUUCGGGCUUUUUUUUUUUUUUGCCCCUUUUGGGCCCUUUCUUUAAAUUUGUUGGGGUUUAUGACGUUGAUUAAAAACAAAUUAAACCCAUUUAAAAUAAAAUUAAAAUGGGGGGUUGGCUUUUGGGGUCAAAAAAAUUUUAAAGGAAGGCCUAGGGUUUGCGUUACCGUGGAGAUGGGGGGGGGGGUUUGGGAGAUUCCUGUCCCCUCACAUAGGAAUCGAAUUAACAGCCAAGGAAUUCCAAGUGGUAAAACGCAAACCCAAACCCCCGCACACCCACACCACACAAAACACCACACCACACACACCCCCAACACACAACACCCAACCCCACCCCACACACACACAACCACACACCACACACACACACCCCGCACCACCCGGCACACCCCCCAAACACACACCCACACCAAACAAAACCCCCCAACAACACCAAAAACAAAAAACAAAAAAAGGUAAUUUUUUUAAAAAACCGGGGGUUUUUGGGGUUUUGUUUGGGUUUUUGGUUUUGGGUUUUUGGGGGGUUGGGUUUUUUGGGGGUUUGUUGUUUGUUGGGGGGGGGUUUGUGUUUUGGGGGGGUUGGGUUUUUUGGGGGGUUUUUAGGGGGGGGGUGUGAAAUCUCUCUUGUGUGUUAGACAUUUUCCUUUUGAUAUUAAGCUGCAAGCUUUUCAUAAUCCUGGUGUGCAUGCUGCUUAGGGUGUGUGUGUUGUGUGUUGUGUUGUUGUUUUUUGUGUGUGGGGUUGGUUUGUUUUUGUGGGGGUGUUGUGUGUUGUGCUGUGUGGUGUAUUUUUGGGGUUUGUGUGUGUUGUUUUUUGGGGCUGGUUUGCAUCAAAAGGGACAAAGCAAAAACCCCCCCAAAAACCCCAAAAAACCUUCACGAGAGGCCCCAACAUCACCAUAGAAGAACUGUGGAGGGUGGAAUUCUCAAAGGUCCUUUUGUGUGUUGUUUUGGGGAUUAAAAUAUUAUAAAUUCACAUUUUUCCAAACCAACCUCCCCCCCCCCGCCCUCCUCCCCUUUCCCCUUCCCUCCCCCUCCCCCUCCCCUCCCCCCCCCCCUUCCCUUCUCCCCCCCCCUCCCCCCCCCCCCCUCCUCCCCCCCCCCUUCCCCCUCCCCAAAAUUUCCCCCCCCCCCCCUCCCCUCCCUACAGUCCAUAAAUGGACUCAGGGGAGGUGUUGGGGGGCUCAGGAAUUUGUAGAGCUGCCUCAGUACGAAAAAUUAAAAACUUCAGAGCAAAAGGCAACCCCCCCCCAGGGGAAGCCAACAAAAACCCAAGGCACUUCCCCGGUGGGCGGCCAAACAGAAAACUUCUUUCUAAACUUACUGCCCCCCAGGUUUUAACCAAAACCCCAGUUACAAUGUCCUUUGAUUUUAGCGGGGUAAACAAAAACAAAUCCCAGAGCUGAAAAAACCCUUUCUAAAAACAAAAAAAAAAAAGAAACACGUCCAAUCGAACCCUUUAAAUUUAACCCUUUUUAUUCCCGUUAACAGAGCGUGUUUUGGGAUUGGGGCAGGGAACCCAAGAGCCGCCUGAGUGGGCCCCUGAAGAUCCUGGACCCGAAGGACAAACAGAAACCAACAUCAAGCUUGGAAAGUGGGCGUUUUGGGGCCCUAUAAGUGUGUAGACAGUAUUUCACACCACACACCACACAAAAACACACCCCACACACACACACACACACACAAAAACACACACACACACACCCAACACAAAAACCCAAAAGACACACCACACACACACAACACCCAACACACACACCACACCCACACACGAGGCUAAAAGGUUUGGGGGGAAUGUUUUUUGGUUUAUAUUUUAAGAAGGGAUUAGUUUUGAUUUAAGAGGUUGGUUGUUUAAAGGGUUUUGGUUUUUAAAUUUUUAAAAGGGGUUGCCACUGAAGAAAGCGAAAAAAAAUUAAAAUUUUUUACCCUCCCCCCCCCCCCCCCCCCCCCCCUUCCUCCCCCCCUACCCCCCCCCUCCCCCCUUUCCCCCCUUUUCCCCUCCUCCCCUUUCCCCCUUUCCCCCCACAUUUUCCCCCCCCUUCCCCCUCCCCCUCCCUCCCCUUUCCUCUCCCCCCCCUUCCUUUCCCCCUCCUCCCCCCCCCCCCCCCCCCCCCCCCCCCCCCUCCCCCCUCCUCGUUCCCCCCCCCCUCCCCCCCCCAUAACCCCCCCCUUCUGAAGGUUUUCUGUGCUGGAUUUGGGGGUAGGAGGCUGCUGGUUCUCCCAGGUCCAGAACAAAGCUUCUAAAGUCCACAUCUCUAAAAUGAUGAAGGACCUAGAGAGUCUGCAGAGGCUGGUCGCCUCAAGAAAUCAGGAACAGGGAUUUAUGAGUCUGUUCCGAUAAAGUGUGUUUGUCCGCAACCUUUUUUUUCCUGCUAACCUGUGUUUGUCCUGCUAACCUGUGUUUGUCCUGCUAACCUGUGUUUGUCCUGCUAACCGUAUUUGUUCCCUAAAACCCUUGGUUUUUUGCUACCCUGUUUUCCUGCAACCUUUUUGUCCCCUAACCGGGUUGUUCUAACCCUUUUUUUCCGUAAACCGUGUUUGUCCUGCUAACCCCGUUUUGUCCUCUAACCUUGGUUUUUCCCGUAAACCCGGUUUGCCCCCCUAAACCCGAUUUGUCCCCCAACCCCGGUUUUUUCCCGUACCCCGGUUUUCCUGAACCUGUUUGUCCGCUAACCCCGUUUUGUCCCCGCAACCGUGUUUUUUCCUGCAAACCCGUAUUGCCAAAACCGGGGGGCCGCAACCUGGGCCGGGAACCGGGCCGGGAAACCGUGGUUUUUCCGCAAAACCGGGGGCCCCGAACCGGGGCCGCAACCAGCCGAAGGGGGGGAACCGGGGGCCACCGAGGCCGCAACCCGGCCGCAACCGGGCCGCAACGGGGGCCGAACGUGGGGCCGCCGGGGAAACACCGGAGCAGGCCCAAGGAGAAAAGCGAACGGGCGGAGGGAAAAAAAACCGGGAGAAAAAGGGGGGAUCGGGAGCUACGGACAUACGCCCACCCCCAGACCGACCCACAACUGAGGCAGACGAGAACGAGAGGGCUGGACGGAAGACACCACCGACAACCAACCAACCAACCGAACCACCUAACCCCAAACCACCCCACCGACCAACCUACCAACCUAACCUACCUAACACCCAAAACCAACCAAACCAAAAACCCAACCGACCUUGCCUACCUUACAACCUUUUAUCCCUAAUUAUCUUACCUUAAAACCCAACCUAACCUUCCUGACCUACCCUAAACCUACCCAACCUUACCCUUUUCCCCGCCCUUACCACCUUAACCUAACCCCCUUCCUUACCUAAACGCUUACUUACCUUGCCUUGCCUUGCCUUGCCUUGCCUUGCCUUGCCUUAAUCUUAGCUAACCAUAACCUAACCAUAGCUAACCCUAACCUUACUAGCGAACUCUAAAACCCAACUGAGCCGCCUCGAUCGUGCAGAUGGAGGCGCUGUAACAGGUAAGGUUUUUCCUUCGCUGUCCUCUGUGUCCUGCUGUCCCACAUUUAGUUACAUUUCUUCUGCCCCAGCCUUCAGCUUUAUAGCAAACCAAGUGGCAGGGCUGUUUGGUGGUUUUUCAAAUUAAGGAGUGGGCCUUUAACCGCCUUUGAUCUUCCAAACACAUGCUAUUUGGUAACCAGUUCCAUCUCCUGUGUGAAGCAAGUCCACAGUGUAGGAAACACUAUCAGCAUUGGGUAAAGGCUGGUGAAAACGGUCAAUCCAUCCAUCAAUCGAAGUCUCUAACCCAUCCCUUCUCCUGUGUGUGUGUGUGACUGUGUGUGUGUGUGUCUAGGUGCGUGGAGCGUUAAAGAGGGCAGAGAAGGACAUGAUGGCUCACUGGUCUGUCCCGGAGGCCCUACAGCUCUGGCUGCAGCUGACCCACGAGGUGGAGGUGCAGUAUUACAACGUCAAGAAACACAGUGCAGAGCUGCAGCUCAACACAGCCAAGGAAGAGGUAGGGGACAACUCAUUAUCUGGUUGAUUAGUUGAUCGGUUGAUAUGUUCAGUACUGCCACGUCAAGAAACACAGUGCAGAGCUGCAGCUCAACUCCGCUAAGGAGGAGGUAGGAGAGAGACGUAACCCAAUCAGUUUAUUGAUUCACCGAUUGACUGUUCACUGACUUCAGGAGGAAAGAACAUAGUGGGACAAUUAUAGUUCAAACUACAUGAAGACCUUCUAAAUGACAAAUUAAAUCUUCUGAAGGUUCUUUACAACGACAUGAACAAGAGAAUGCAUUAAACAAGUCAUCUGUCCUUCAUAUUAACCCCUGGUAUGGACAUGAACAGGAGGAUCUGUCCUCAUAUUAACCCCUGGUAUGGACAUGAACAGGAGGAUAUGUCCUCAUAUUAACCCCUGGUAUGGACAUGAACAGGAGGAUCUGUCCUUCAUAUUAACCCCUGGUAUGGACAUGAACAGGAUGAUCUGUCCUUCAUAUUAUCCCCUUGGUAUGGACAUGAACAGGAGGAUAUGUCCUCAUAUUAACCCCUUGGUAUGGACAUGAACAGGAGGAUCUGUCCUCAUAUUAACCCCUGGUAUGGACAUGAACAGGAGGAUCUGUCCUCAUAUUAACCCCUGGUAUGGACAUGAACAGGAGGAUCUGUCCUUCAUAUUAACCCCUGGUAUGGACAUGAACAGGAGGAUCUGUCCUUCAUAUUAACCCCUUGGUAUGGACAUGAACAGGAGGAUAUGUCCUCAUAUUAACCCCUGGUAUGGACAUGAACAGGAGGAUCUGUCCUCAUAUUAACCCCUUGGUAUGGACAUGAACAGGAGGAUCUGUCCUCAUAUUAACCCCUGGUAUGGACAUGAACAGCAGGAUAUGUCCUCAUAUUAACCCCUGGUAUGGACAUGAACAGGAGGAUCUGUCCUCAUAUUAACCCCUGGUAUGGACAUGAACAGGAGGAUAUGUCCUCAUAUUAACCCCUGGUAUGGACAUGAACAGCAGGAUAUGUCCUCAUAUUAACCCCUGGUAUGGACAUGAACAGGAGGAUCUGUCCUCAUAUUAACCCCUUGGUAUGGACAUGAACAGGAGGAUAUGUCCUCAUAUUAACCCCUUGGUAUGGACAUGAACAGGAGGAUCUGUCCUCAUAUUAACCCCUUGGUAUGGACAUGAACAGGAGGAUCUGUCCUCAUAUUAACCCCUGGUAUGGACAUGAACAGGAGGAUCUGUCCUCAUAUUAACCCCUGGUAUGGACAUGAACAGGAGGAUCUGUCCUCAUAUUAACCCCUUGGUAUUUGCGUAUCCUGUCCAGGCAGAGAAGAUCAAGAAGAAGAGGGGUUCCCUCAUGGGGACGUUCCACGUGGCUCACAGCUCCUCACUGGACGACGUUGACACCAAGAUCCUGGAGGCCAAGUGAGACACACACACUUGUUUUUCUAUCCUCGUGGGGAUCUAAAAAUUUAUUUCCAUUCAAAAUCAUAUUUUCCCUAACCUUAACCUUAACCCCUAACCCUAAUCCUAACCCCUAAAUUUAAAAUAGCCUUUUUCCUCAUGGGUAGGUGGGGAUUUCAGGUCCCCACGAGGAUGGAAGUACAAGAUCACACACACAGACACACACACACACACACACACACACACACACACACACAGACAGACACACACAUACACACACACACACACACACACACACACACACACACACACACAGACACACAGACACACACACACACACACACAGUGUUAAUUGAGUCAACAAUAACUAUGACAAAAAAUACUUGUCAACAACUUAUUUUUCCUGACUAAAACUAUGAGGAUAACGAGAUUACUUUUCAUUUCAGUCGAUGAAAAUGUGACGAGACGAGAAUUCCACAUGAGAUGAACGGACAUUUACAUUUAACUCUACUUUGCAUCCGUUUUGGUUCAACCCUAAACACGAAGAAUAUUAAUCAUGCAAUCCUCUCAUUGGGCAGAAUUAAACAUCUUUCAGUUGGGUGAAUCUGAUUGGGCUGAUCUGACCCGGCUCCUCCCACACAGCUCCCAGGCAGUCACUCUUCAGUCACUCUUCAGUCACUCUUCAAUAUUUUGAAGUGAUGUCAAACCAGGACACUGGACUUGUAUCUGACCUCAACUAGGAACAAUGUUAAAUCAAAUCAAAUCAAAUCAAAUUUUAUUGGCCACAUGCGCCGAAUACAACAGGUGCAGACAUUACAGUGAAAUGUUUACUUACAGCCCUUAACCAACAGUGCAUUUAUUUUUAACAAAAAAAAGUAAAAAUAAAACAACAACAAAAAAGUGUUGAGAAAAAAAGAGCAGAAGUAAAAUAAAAUAACAGUAGGGAGGCUAUAUAUACAGGGGGGUACCUUAACGCUCUCUCUUACUGUCGUGGAGGCUAUUUCUGCUUUGAUCACCUCAGAAGCUCUAAUGUCCAAUGUGUGCUGUUAUUCGAUCAUCUGUGCCCACGGUCCGCAAAUGCGAGUUGCGGUUGCUUUUCUCCUAUGGGGAAAAACUAAAAAAGCAAAUGCUAUUUUGUUGAAUAAAUUUUUUGUUAAAGGUCCGUGCUAUCAGGGAUCCUUGGGACGUCCCUACCCCAUUGAAGUUGACAUUUUAAAAUGGUUAUGGUAAGGGUUAAUUAAGGUGAGGGUUAGGUAAGGUGUAGGCCUCCUUUAGCUCAGUUGGUAGAGCAUGGCGCUUGCAACAGCCAGGGUUGUGGGUUUGAUUCCCACGGUGGGCCAGUAUGAAAAAUGUAUGCACUCACUAAACUGUAAGUCGCUCUGGAUAAGAGCGUCUGCUAAAUGAAAAAAAAAAGAAGUAAGGGUUAAGGUUAGGGACGUCCCAAGGAUCCCAGAUAACCUUUUUGUAAAGCUCAAAUUCUCCCUUUUCAAGGAAAACGCUGUUAUUUACCCCCUUGGCGGUUAUGAUGGGGAGAAAAUCAGAGCUGUACAUUGUUUAACCUGUAGCCAAGGCUUUAUAGGCUACUGUAUAUGAUUAAUUAUGGCUGGCAUUGGUUACAAUCUGCCUGAAUAUUGAUGUUGCCAGCUAAGGUAUAGGAGGGGACAGUAGUCCUAGCUGGACAAGGCUAUCUGAAUAGGAGGGGACAGUAGUCCUAGCUGGACAAGGCUAUCUGAAUAGGAGGGGACAGUAGUCCUAGCUGGACAAGGCUAUCUGAAUGGGAGGGGACAGUAGUCCUAGCUGGACAAGGCUAUCUGAAUGGGAGGGGACAGUAGUCCUAGCUGGACAAGGCUAUCUGAAUAGGAGGGGACAGUAGUCCUAGCUGGACAAGGCUAUCUGAAUAGGAGGGGACAGUAGUCCUAGCUGGACAAGGCUAUCUGAAUGGGAGGGGACAGUAGUCCUAGCUGGACAAGGCUAUCUGAAUGGGAGGGGACAGUAGUCCUAGCUGGACAAGGCUAUCUGAAUAGGAGGGGACAGUAGUCCUAGCUGGACAAGGCUAUCUGAAUGGGAGGGGACAGUAGGCCUAGCUGGACAAGGCUAUCUGAAUAGGAGGGGACAGUAGUCCUAGCUGGACAAGGCUAUCUGAAUAGGAGGGGACAGUAGUCCUAGCUGGACAAGGCUAUCUGAAUAGGAGGGGACAGUAGUCCUAGCUGGACAAGGCUAUCUGAAUAGGAGGGGACAGUAGGCCUAGCUGGACAAGGCUAUCUGAAUAGGAGGGGACAGUAGUCCUAGCUGGACAAGGCUAUCUGAAUAGGAGGGGACAGUAGUCCUAGCUGGACAAGGCUAUCUGAAUGGGAGGGGACAGUAGUCCUAGCUGGACAAGGCUAUCUGAAUAGGAGGGGACAGUAGUCCUAGCUGGACAAGGCUAUCUGAAUAGGAGGGGACAGUAGUCCUAGCUGGACAAGACUAUCUGAAUAGGAGGGGACAGUAGUCCUAGCUGGACAAGGCUAUCUGAAUGGGAGGGGACAGUAGUGCUAACUGUGCCACUAGAGAUCCUGGUUCGAAUCCAGGCUCUGUCGCAGCCGGCCGUGACCUGGAGACUCAUGGGCGGCGCACAAUUGGCCCAGCGUCGUCCAGGGUAGGGGAGCGAAUGGCCGGCAGGGUAGGGGAGGGAAUGUAGCUCAGUUGAUAGAGCAUGGCGUUUGCAACGCCAGGGUUGUGGGUUUGAUUCCCACGGGGGGCCAGUAUAAAAAAAUUAAUAAAAAAAUAUGUAUUCACUAACUGUAAGUCGCUCUGGAUAAGAGCGUCUGCUAAAUGACUAAAAUGUAAAUGUAAAAUGUAGUCCUAGCUGGACAAGACUAUCUGAAUGGGAGGGGACAGUAGUCCUAGCUGGACAAGGCUAUCUGAAUGGGAGGGGACAGUAGUCCUAGCUGGACAAGGCUAUCUGAAUAGGAGGGGACAGUAGUCCUAGCUGGACAAGGCUAUCUGAAUAGGAGGGGACAGUAGUCCUAGCUGGACAAGGCUAUCUGAAUGGGAGGGGACAGUAGUCCUAGCUGGACAAGGCUAUCUGAAUAGGAGGGGACAGUAGUCCUAGCUGGACAAGGCUAUCUGAAUGGGAGGGGACAGUAGUCCUAGCUGGACAAGGCUAUCUGAAUAGGAGGGGACAGUAGUCCUAGCUGGACAAGGCUAUCUGAAUGGGACAUGAUGGAAGUUAGAGGAAGCCUAAAUAUUCAUUAUUAAAUAGAAAACAAUGACUAUUAUGUGACUAAAAUUACUGACUAAAACUAGACUAAAGUUGUCCAGAGUUUCAGUGGACUGAUAAUAACUAAAACUAGACUAAAGUUGUCCAGAGUUUUAGUGGACUGAUAAUAACUAAAACUAGACUAAAGUUGUCCAGAGUUUUAGUGGACUGAUAAUAACUCAAACUAGACUAAAGUUGUCCAGAGUUUCAGUGGACUGAUAAUAACUAAAACUAGAGUAAAGUUGUCCAGAGUUUCAGUUGACUGAUAAUAACUAAAACUAGACUAAAGUUGUCCAGAGUUUUAGUGGACUGAUAAUAACUAAAACUAGACUAAAGUUGUCCAGAGUUUUAGUGGACUGAUAAUAACUAAAACUAGACUAAAGUUGUCCAGAGUUUCAGUCGACUGAUAAUAACUAAAACUAGACUAAAGUUGUCCAGAGUUUUAGUGGACUGAUAAUAACUAAAACUAGACUAAAGUUGUCCAGAGUUUUAGUGGACUGAUAAUAACUAAAACUAGACUAAAGUUGUCCAGAGUUUCAGUCGACUGAUAAUAACUAAAACUAGACUAAAGUUGUCCAGAGUUUUAGUGGACUGAUAAUAACUAAAACUAGACUAAAGUUGUCCAGAGUUUUAGUGGACUGAUAAUAACUAAAACUAGACUAAAGUUGUCCAGAGUUUUAGUGGACUGAUAAUAACUAAAAUUAGACUAAAGUUGUCCAGAGUUUUAGUGGACUGAUAAUAACUAAAACUAGACUAAAGUUGUCCAGAGUUUUAGUGGACUGAUAAUAACUAAAACUAGACUAAAGUUGUCCAGAGUUUCAGUCGACUGAUAAUAACUAAAACUAGACUAAAGUUGUCCAGAGUUUCAGUGGACUGAUAAUAACUAAAACUAGACUAAAGUUGUCCAGAGUUUCAGUCGACUGAUAAUAACUAAAACUAGACUAAAGUUGUCCAGAGUUUUAGUGGACUGAUAAUAACUAAAACUAGACUAAAGUUGUCCAGAGUUUUAGUGGACUGAUAAUAACUAAAACUAGACUAAAGUUGUCCAGAGUUUCAGUGGCAUGAUAAUAACUAAAACUAGACUAAAGUUGUCCAGAGUUUCAGUGGACUGAUAAUAACUAAAACUAACGAAGGAUGAGAUGACUAAAAUGUGACUAAGACUAAAAGGUAUUUUAAGACUAAAACUACAUCUAAAAUAGCUGCCACACACACACACACACACACGUUAACAUGUUGUUCUUUUGUGAAGGAGUUGACAUGUUUUUGUGAUGGAGUUGACGUGUUCUUUGUGACGGAGUUGACAUGUUUUUUUGUGAUGGAGUUCACUUGUGUUUUGUGACAGAGUGGACAUGUUUUUUUGUGACAGUUGACUUUGUUGUGUCACAGUAACACACUAAACUGAUGCAUGUUGUGUUGACAUAGCUGACAUGAUACUAUAUUAUAACAGUCGGCCACUUGUGCGUUGGAUCACAGGAACGCCCUGUCAGAAGCAACCAGCUGACAUAAACUGUGCUUUUGACAUCCCUCACAGGAACGCCCUGUCAGAAGUCACGGCCUGCCUACGCGAGCGUCUCCACCGCUGGCAGCAGAUAGAGCGUCUGUGUGGUUUCCCUCUCCUCAGGAACUCUGGCCUGGCCAGCCUGACCGCCACGCUGUAUUCAGACUCUAACUGGGUGGCGAUGCCCAGGGUGUCUGUUCCCACCUUCCCCUCCUGCCAUGGAUCAAUACAAGGCUCUCUGGAGGAUCUGAUGGAAGACCCCUCGGCACACAUCUUAGGUAGGUUAGAGCGAUCAGUCGCUCGGCUGGUCAAUAUAAUGAACAUAUAAUAUGGUCAUUAAGCAGACAUGUUUAAGCAAAGAGAUUAACAGCACGGUGAGUGUAUGUGUAUGGGAUCACCGUGGUAAUCAAUCAAUCUCAAAAUAUAUGUUAAAAAGACAUCCCCAUAAAAGACAAACAAUAACUUGCAUUUGUCUUUUUCCUAGUAGCUGACUUUGCUGAUCACGUCUUUAUUGAGGAAAAAUGUGCUUACUAUGACUGAGAUAUGUGGUUGUCUCUGGAUAAGAGAGUGUGCUAAAGUAAUACAAUGUAAAAUAUCAAUCAAUCAAUAUUUAUUAUUACAAAGGAAAAAAAAUUGAGCACAAAAAGUGUCUAUCGGAUAAGUUACACGGAUGUACGUCCAAAAACAUUAUGAUAACCGUUUUAGAUACUGUUUUGAAGCAUUCUUUGAAUGGGUCAGACUGCCUGUAUCUCUGACCUAUGACCUUUGACCUUUAUUGAUCCUUCACCUCCCAUCAGUUCCUAGGGUUGCAAUGCUCUGGCAACUUUCCCAACAUUCCCAGAAUUUUGAGAAUAUUUGGUAUUAACGGCUCAUAACACUAUUACAACUUUCAUGAAUAUGUACAGUAUUAAUUAGUACUCAUUUAUUAAUAGUCUACAUUCUAUUAAUAAAUGAUUAUUUCAUUUUUAGUGGAUUAUACAUGACAGUUAAUAUAAAAAGUGUAACCUUUUGGAAACUUUGGGAAUUUUUACUUUUAUCAUAAUUCUUUAGAAAAUUAGAAAAUGAUCUGUGCGCCCUUAAUAAUAAUAAUAAUAAUAAUAAUAAUACAACAUUUUAUUUUGCGCUUUCAAGAUACCCAAGGACAUUUACAGAGUAACACAUACAAUGGCAAACAUAACUAUUCUAAAAUACUCAAAGCAAAAUACAUUUACAUUUACAUUUACAUUUUAGUCAUUUAGCAGAUGCUCUUAUCCAGAGCGACUUACAGUUAGUGAGUGCAUACACUAUUUAUUGAAGGCGCAUAAAAUAGCUAAUAUAUCAUGACAAUACUAAAAUACUACAAGCAAAAUGCAUUACAACAAAGGAGCAUGGCACCCAAAUAAUAGUAAGAUCAAUAAUACAAGGGGAAACGACAAGGAAAAGGUCCUCAAGGCAGUUCAAAUGAGAGUCUACUUCAACAAUCUCUGCAGCAACAAGGACACGGCCCUCAAGACUGUUAAAAUGAGAGCAUACUUCAACAAUCUCUGCAGCAACAAGGACAAGGCCCUCAAGACUGUUAAAAUGAGAGCAUACUUCAACAAUCUCUGCAACAACAAGGACCUCAAGGCAGUUCAAAUGAGAGUCUACUUCAACAAUCUCUGCAGCAACAAGGACAAGGUCCUCAAGGCAGUUCAAAUGAGAGGCUACUUCAACAAUCUCUGCAGCAACAAGGACCUCAAGACAGUUCAAAUGAGAGUCUACUUCAACAACCUCUGCAGCAACAAGGACAAGGUCCUCAAGGCAGUUCAAAUGAGAGUCUACUUCAACAACCUCUGCAACAACAAGGACAAGGUCCUCAAGGCAGUUCAAAUGAAAGGCUACUUCAACAACCUCUGCAACUCUACACAAGUCCUUAGAUAAGUUGUUAUGCAUGAGUUAUUAGUAGACUAAACAUAUUGUUAAGGAGAAACAAAUACAUCUAAAUUAGAAUUUUAGCAAUUGAUUUGAGAUCAUUUAGCCAUGUUUGGAAUGUUGCACAUUAAGCCUUUAAGAUUUAAAUGAGAAAUAACCCUUCGUCAAAGAAUAUGUCGUUCUUACUAACAGUCAUCAUUACUGCAUUUAACAUACCUAAGUGGUUCUCAAACCUGUCCUUGGGGACCCCCAGACGUUUCACCAUUUUGUUGUAGCCCUGAAUUAGGGCUUGAUGAUUAGUCGACCAGUUGAAUCAGGUGUGCCAGCUCUGGAAUAGAUCAAAUAUCUGGAAUGGCUGGGGGUCCUGAGGAGAGGUUGGAGAACCGCUGCCAUACCUGAUUCAAGGUUAGCUGCUUUAGUUGAAUCAGGUUUAGUUUGAUCUUUGUGAGCUUUUCCAUUAAUAGGUUUUGUCACGCCUGCUCCCGCUCCCCCUCCCUGCUGCCCAUCAUUACACCUGUCACCAUGGUUACACACAUCAGCGCUUCAUUGGACUCACCAGGACUUCAUCACUGCUUUAUUACCUCCCCUAUAUCUGUCUGUUCCUCAGUUUGAUCCCCGUGUCAGCAUUAAUGUCGUUAUGUUUCCCAUGUCCAGAUGCUGUCCGUGUUUUGUUUCAUGUCUGUUUAUAUUAAAUGUUCACUCCUUGCUUCUCAUCUCUCAGCGUCUGUCCUUACAGAAUGCUGACACCACAAUUGGAAGCGUCAGGGAGUUUUUUGUUGUUGUUGUUGUUGGGGACGUCGGGUCCGGGUGCCGCUGCCGAAGCAACCGGGGAUGCUGGUUCAAGAGGCUCACAAGCCUUGGUUGACUCGGCAGGCUCUCACCCCACACCUCAGCCGGCUCGUCAGGCUUCCACGCCUCAUCCAGCUCGUCAGGCUUCCACGCCUCAGCCGGCUCGUCAGGCUUCCACGCCUCAUCCGGCUCGUCAGGCUUCCACGCCUCAGCCGGCUCGUCAGGUUUCCACGCCUCAGCCGGCUCGUCAGGCUUCCGCACCUCAUCCGGCUCAUCAGGUUUCCACACCUCAGCUGGCUCGUCAGGCUUCCACGCAUCAGCAGGCUCGUCAGGCUUCCACGCCUCAGCUGGUUCGUCAGGCUUCCAUGCCUCAUCCGGCUCAUCAGAUUUCCACACCUCAGCUGGCUCGUCAGGCUUCCACGCCUCAUCCGGCUCGUCAGGCUUCCACGCCUCAGCUGGCUCGUCAGGUUUCCACGCCUCAUCCGGCUCGUCAGGUUUCCACGCCUCAUCCGGCUCGUCAGGCUUCCACGCCUCAGCUGGCUCGUCAGGCUUCCACGCCUCAGCUGGCUCGUCAGGCAUCCACGCCUCAUCCGGCUCAUCAGGCUUCCACGCCUCAUCCGGCUCGUCAGGCUUCCACGCCUCAGCUGGUUCGUCAGGCUUCCACGCCUCAUCCGGCUCAUCAGGUUUCCACACCUCAGCUGGCUCAUCAGGUUUCCACGUCUCAGCCGGCUCGUCAGGUUUCCACGCCUCAUCCGGCUCGUCAGGCUUCCACGCCUCAGCCGGCUCGUCAGGUUUCCACGCCUCAGCCGGCUCGUCAGGCUUCCGCACCUCAUCCGGCUCAUCAGGUUUCCACACCUCAGCUGGCUCGUCAGGCUUCCACGCAUCAGCAGGCUCGUCAGGCUUCCACGCCUCAGCUGGUUCGUCAGGCUUCCAUGCCUCAUCCGGCUCAUCAGAUUUCCACACCUCAGCUGGCUCGUCAGGCUUCCACGCCUCAUCCGGCUCGUCAGGCUUCCACGCCUCAGCUGGCUCGUCAGGUUUCCACGCCUCAUCCGGCUCGUCAGGUUUCCACGCCUCAUCCGGCUCGUCAGGCUUCCACGCCUCAGCUGGCUCGUCAGGCUUCCACGCCUCAGCUGGCUCGUCAGGCAUCCACGCCUCAUCCGGCUCAUCAGGCUUCCACGCAUCAGCCGGCUCGUCAGGCUUCCACGCCUCAGCUGGUUCGUCAGGCUUCCACGCCUCAUCCGGCUCAUCAGGUUUCCACACCUCAGCUGGCUCAUCAGGUUUCCACGUCUCAGCCGGCUCGUCAGGUUUCCACGCCUCAUCCGGCUCGUCAGGCUUCCACGCCUCAGCUGGCUCGUCAGGCAUCCACGCCUCAUCCGGCUCAUCAGGCUUCCACGCCUCAUCCGGCUCAUCAGGCUUCCACGCCUCAGCCGGCUCGUCAGGUUUCCACGCCCCCAGCCGGCUCGUCAGGCUUCCACACCUCAGCCGGCUCGUCAGGUUUCCACGCCUCAGCCGGCUCGUCAGGCUUCCACGCCUCAUCCGGCUCAUCAGGUUUCCACGUCUCAGCCAGCUUGUCAGGUUUCCACGCCUCAACCGGCUUGUCAGGCUCGACAGGUUCCCACUCCUCGGCCAGCUCGUCAGGCUCGCUCAGGUGACACCGGGUGGCGUCCCUAGAGGGGGGGGGGGGGGGGGGGGGGGGGGGGGGGGUUGUACUGUCAUGCCUGCUCCCGCUCCCCCUCCCUGCUGCCCAUCGUUACACACAUCAGCGCUUCAUUGGACUCACCAGGACUUCAUCACUGCUUUAUUACCUCCCCUAUAUCUGUCUGUUCCUCAGUUUGAUCCCUGUGUUGCCUCCCCUAUAUCUGUCUGUUCCUCAGUCUGAUCCCUGUGUUGCCUCCCCUAUAUCUGUCUGUUCCUCAGUUUGAUCCCUGUGUUGCCUCCCCUAUAUCUGUCUGUUCCUCAGUCUGAUCCCUGUGUUACCUCCUCUAUAUCUGUCUGUUCCUCAGUUUGAUCCCUGUGUUGCCUCCCCUAUAUAUGUCUGUUCCUCAGUUUGAUCCCUGUGUUGCCUCCUCUAUAUCUGUCUGUUCCUCAGUUUGAUCCCUGUGUUGCCUCCCCUAUAUCUGUCUGUUCCUCAGUCUGAUCCCUGUGUUACCUCCCCUAUAUCUGACUGUUCCUCAGUCUGAUCCCUGUGUUGCCUCCCCUAUAUCUGUCUGUUCCUCAGUUUGAUCCCUGUGUUGCCUCCCCUAUAUCUGACUGUUCCUCAGUCUGAUCCCUGUGUUGCCUCCCCUAUAUCUGACUGUUCCUCAGUCUGAUCCCUGUGUUGCCUCCCCUAUAUCUGACUGUUCCUCAGUCUGAUCCCUGUGUUACCUCCCCUAUAUCUGACUGUUCCUCAGUCUGAUCCCCGUGUUACCUCCCCUAUAUCUGACUGUUCCUCAGUUUGAUCCCUGUGUUGCCUCCCCUAUAUCUGUCUGUUCCUCAGUCUGAUCCCUGUGUUACCUCCCCUAUAUCUGACUGUUCCUCAGGUUGAUCCCUGUGUUGCCUCCCCUAUAUCUGUCUGUUCCUCAGUUUGAUCCCUGUGUUGCCUCCCCUAUAUCUGUCUGUUUCUCAGUCUGAUCCCUGUGUUACCUCCCCUAUAUCUGACUGUUCCUCAGUUUGAUCCCUGUGUUGCCUCCCCUAUAUCUGACUGUUCCUCAGUCUGAUCCCUGUGUUACCUCCCCUAUAUCUGACUGUUCCUCAGUCUGAUCCCUGUGUUACCUCCCCUAUAUCUGACUGUUCCUCAGUUUGAUCCCUGUGUUGCCUCCCCUAUAUCUGACUGUUCCUCAGUCUGAUCCCUGUGUUACCUCCCCUAUAUCUGACUGUUCCUCAGUCUGAUCCCCGUGUUACCUCCCCUAUAUCUGACUGUUCCUCAGUCUGAUCCCUGUGUUACCUCCCCUAUAUCUGACUGUUCCUCAGUCUGAUCCCUGUGUUACCUUCCCUAUAUCUGACUGUUCCUCAGUUUGAUCCCUGUGUUGCCUCCCCUAUAUCUGACUGUUCCUCAGUCUGAUCCCUGUGUUACCUCCCCUAUAUCUGACUGUUCCUCAGUCUGAUCCCUGUGUUACCUCCCCUAUAUCUGACUGUUCCUCAGUCUGAUCCCUGUGUUGCCUCCCCUAUAUCUGUCUGUUCCUCAGUUUGUUGCAUUGUUAUUGUUUUGUUUCUCUCGUCCAGAUGCUGUUCUUGCUUUGUUUCAUGUCUAUUUAUUAUUAAAUCCUCACCUUGUACUUGCCUCCUGUCUCAGGUUUUCCAUAAAAUUAACCAAAUUAAAACAAUUCCCAAACAUUUCCCAAAAAGUGUCCGCAAAAUUCCAGAAUACAUAUUUCUGGGAAAAAUUUUUAAGUUACCGGGAAAAUUCCCUUCCCUUUGCAACCCUAGUUCCACCAAUGAAGCGCUCCCCUCGCUCUCGUGGCUCUACCUCCACCGUGUGUCGUCAACGGCGUUCCGGACACGCCUCCUCCUCCUCUUCCUCCUCCUUCUCCUCCGAACCUGAUAUCCUGAUCCCUAUCCACACCCCGCUCCCCUGCUUCGAGGAAGAGGAGCAGAUCUUCAUCAACGCCCAGCGGAGAGGGUGAGUGACUUAUCAGAUAGUAGAGUCGCACAAUUUAAAUUCAGUCAAUUUAGGAAGUAAACUGACAUUCCAAUUCUGAUUGCAAUUUUCUUCAACGCUUCUCUGUGCCCACUGAUUACAAGGUGACUCACGGUGACACUCACAGUAUUUUCAAUGUAUGAUUGAAACUACAUGAAUCUUGACAGAAUCUUUCUUUAUCUUUUCCUUUCUCUCCCUCUCUCUCUUUCUUUCUCACCCUCACCCUCUCUCUCUCUCUCUCUCUUCUCUCUCUCUCUCUCUCUCUACAGAGAUUCUCGGGAGAUGUAUUCAGACACCGAUUACAGGACCCCUCCUGUCAGCAGAAGGUCAGCAGAACCUUCCGGAACGGAAUCCCCCAUUCGGAAGAUAUCUAGAGAAGAACUGGAAGCUUCCUCGGAUGCAGCCACAUCGAAGACAUCAUCUAAAGACGAGCCGGACUCUUCUUCUGCGGAAAACACAGAUCCAAGAAAAAUACAAAGAGUCAAAAGUGAGACUUCCAUGGACACCUCCGCCGACACAGCAGCCAAAAAGAUAUUGGGUCGUUCGAUGGACAGUGUCUCGAGGAAGUCGUCCAGAGAUGAGUAUCACGAGGUUCCGUUGGAGAUUCAUGUCUCAAAGAAGAGGUCUCUGCUAUCUACAGCCAUGAUGGGUGUGUCUCUGGACACCGGCUCCAGACAGAUGAUGAGAGAGAGCAGGGGGGAAGUCUCAUUCGACAACACCAUGAGAGCAAGGCCCAGAGAAGAAAUGGUGGAGGCCAUUGGAACGCCAACGAGAAGGAUAUCCCGAGAGGAGGAGGAGGACUUCUUAGCCGACAGCACUCAGAGGAGGAUGGCGAUGGCCAGAGACAAACUGACGCUUCAUCUGGACAGCAGCUCUUCUCACAAGGUGCUCAGGAAGAAGAUAGAGUUCCCAGUGGAACUGUCUUCCACCGCCGCGAGGAAGAUAUCGAGAGAAGAACACCGCGAGAUGUGCUCUCACACUCGCAGACGAACAAACAGCGAUAAGAUUGACAGAUCCAUAGACACUCCCACUGGGAAGAUCUCCCCGAACAGGGUAGAUGGCGCCCCGGAAAUCCCCAAACGGAGGAUAUCCAGGGAGGCGUACGCGGGGUCGUCCCAGUUGUGUCAGUGUCCCCAGGUUUUGGAUCAAGGUCAGUUCGGACAACCUGACCUCACCUUGUCCACGCCAUGGAAACAAACCCAGACCUCUGACCCUUACACCUCCGAGCACCUGACUGAACUGGUGUAUGACGGAAUCCUGGAGAAGUCCUGCAUCACCCCAGCCACGACCCCUGACCUGCCCCAGAGGAUCACGGAAGGAGGAGAAGGAGAAGGGAAUCCUCCUGUUCCGCCCCCGAGGAGCGCCCGGUCCCUGAACACGUUGCCCCCUGAGAUGAGAGGCGAGAGACACCACAAGGACAAAGACAAAAGCACCAAGUCGUCCAAACUCAAGAACCUUUUUAAGAAGAGGAAAGAUUGUUCCCCAGAACGGCCACAAGGGGGCCUGAACAAACUCUGA